AUGGGCGAAAAUCGCGACUACUACAACCAGGGCGGCGGCGGCGGCGGCGGAUACUACCCGCAGCAAGGCGGAUAUGGUCCCCCGCAGGGCGGCUACGGAGGACCCCAGCCUCCUCAGAUGUCCUACGCCCCGCCCCAGUCUUACGGCGGCCAGCCCCAGCAGCCGAUGUACUACCAGCAGCAAGGCCCUCCGCCCCAGCAGGGCCGCCGUAACAACGACGGCUGCCUGAAGGGUCUGCUUGUCGUUUCGUUCUUGGGGUUCGCGGGUUGA